AUAGCUAAGAACCAAUAACAAAACGAUCAUAGCUCCACAAUUCAAUCAUGGCUACGACAUGGGGUCUCAAAUGGACGGCCAGCUGAACUGAAUCCACACAGAACUUAACAUGUUACCGGGACUAUUAUAGUAAUUGCAUGUACUGCUCCUUCCUCAAGACACAACACCGGAAAUGUCUUAAGAAGCCCACGUUUACUGUCUUAACUCACCUGCCUCUCUCUCCUCUGACUUACAUUGACCACACCCAAUGGGUAACUGUAGCAGCCUUCCUUCCAGCUUCACCACAUCCUCUGGCGGCUCCGACAAUCCUCCUCCCUCCAAUGGCAUCACGAUCCACCCCGCAACUGCUUCCCCUCCGCCUCGUCCUCCACCGCCACAUUCAUUUCAACCUUCUAAUCGUCCCUCCUCCACCACUCCGGCUGUAGGCCGAGUCCUCGGUCGUCCGAUUGAGGACGUCCGCAACACCUAUAUAUUUGGCCGCGAACUGGGCCGUGGCCAGUUUGGCAUCACAUAUCUAGUAACUCACAAGGAAACCAAAGAACAGUUCGCCUGUAAAUCCAUUACCACGCGCAAACUCAUCAACCGCGACGACAUUGAAGAUGUUCGCCGUGAGGUCCAGAUCAUGCACCACCUUACUGGCCACAGGAAUAUAGUGGAGCUAAAGGGAGCAUAUGAAGAUAGACAUUCGAUCAACUUGGUUAUGGAGCUAUGCGCGGGAGGAGAGUUGUUUGAUCGAAUCAUAGCGAAAGGGCAUUAUUCAGAGAGGGCAGCAGCCAUUCUUUGUAGACAGAUCGUGACUGUUGUGCAUGAUUGUCAUUCCAUGGGAGUUAUACAUAGAGAUUUGAAGCCUGAAAAUUUCCUUUUCCUCAGUAAAGAUGAGAAUUCCCCUCUGAAGGCUACUGAUUUCGGCCUCUCAGUGUUCUUUAAGCCAGGUGAUGUAUUUAAAGAUCUUGUUGGAAGUGCAUAUUAUGUAGCUCCUGAAGUGUUACGUCGAAAAUAUGGAGCUGAAGUUGAUAUCUGGAGUGCUGGGGUUAUACUGUAUAUUCUUCUUAGUGGGGUCCCACCCUUUUGGGGAGAGACUGAGCAGGCUAUCUUUGACUCUGUUCUUCGGGGACAUAUCAAUUUCUCUUCUGACCCAUGGCCUUCCAUAUCCAGCAGCGCUAAAGAUCUUGUGAAGAAGAUGCUAAGAACUGAUCCCAAGGAUCGACUUUCUGCAGCUGAAGUCCUAAAUCAUCCAUGGAUGCGAGAAGAUGGUGAUGCAUCUGAUAAGCCUCUUGAUAUUGCUGUUUUAACUAGAAUGAAACAAUUCAGAGCCAUGAAUAAACUUAAAAAAUUGGCUCUAAAGGUUAUUGCUGAAAAUCUUUCUGAGGAAGAAAUUAUGGGCUUGAAGGAAAUGUUUAAAUCCAUGGACACAGAUAACAGUGGAACAAUCACUUUUGAAGAGUUGAAAGCUGGCCUUCCGAAAUUAGGUACCAAGCUUUCUGAAUCUGAAGUGAGGCAAUUAAUGGAAGCGGCUGAUGUGGAUGGAAAUGGAACUAUUGAUUACAUAGAGUUUAUCACUGCUACUAUGCACAUGAAUAGAAUGGAAAGAGAGGACCACCUAUAUAAGGCCUUUGAAUAUUUUGACAAGGACAAGAGCGGGUACAUUACAAUGGAAGAAUUGGAGCAUGCCCUUAAGCAAUAUAAUAUGGGCGAUUCAAAAACGAUAAAAGAGAUUAUUGCCGAAGUUGACACGGACAAUGAUGGAAAAAUUAACUAUGAAGAGUUUGUAGCUAUGAUGAGAAAGGGCAACCCAGACUUGGUCACAAACAGACGCCGCAAAUAAACAAACAGGUCUUACAUUCUGAUGGGUUUAAAGAACAGAUAAACUCGUUUGUCAAUUUAUUCGUGUUAUCCAUUUAGGACCUCAGUUCAGCUGUCUUGCAUUGGAUAGCAAGCAAUAGCUGCUUUAUGAGGUCCUUUAUGGUUUACCCUGCUUGCUCUUUGCACAAGAGAAAGAGGCUUCAAUGGCAUCAUAUAUUGAGAGAAUUUCGCCUUUUAAGUUGCCACAUUUCUCAACUUCUUAGGCUGUGUGUAUGAAUGACAUCGUGCCACGUUUUAUUUACGGGCCAAUGAUUUUUUCUUUUUUCUCUUUUUAUCUUAAUUAUGUUACAUAGUUGACACGGUUUUUCCUGUUUAAUCUAUCAAUGAAAGAAGCAUUAAGAGAUUUGUGUUUUU